AUGUUAAGCCUCCUCCGGUCGACAACACUGCGCCAAACGCUGCGUGCUCGCCGUAUAGCAACUGAUGCAAGAUCAGGUUUAUCCUACAAAGGCCUGACUUUUCCGUAUAGAUGGUUGCGUGAUUCAUGCCAGUGUUCGGCAUGCGUACAUCCAUCGACUCGCCAGAAGCUCCAUAGGACUUCCGAUGUUCCAGAGGAUAUCCAGCCCACCGCGAUCGAUGGUGUUCAUUUCUCAGACAGUGGAGUGCGCAUAAAUUGGACAAAUGGACACCAGUCACACUACCCUGACGCAUUCCUAGAGCUCUACGGAUCACCAGAGAGACUGCAUGUCUUCCAUAGUGAACCCGCUGUGAAGCAGUGGGAUAUCGGUACCCUACGAUCAUCUCAGGAUCUCUUCCUUCCGUACAGUAGCAUCAAGACCUCGUCGGGCCUGCUGAGUGCCAUCAAUCAAUUCUUGCGAUACGGCCUGGUAUUCGUCACCGGUGUCCCAAAUGAUAAGACGUCGAACGAGGAAUGCGAGUUGCGUGCACUUGCACAGCGGUUCGGAGAAAUACGUGAGACCUUCUACGGACAGACAUGGGAUGUGAAGAACGUUCGCAAUAGCCGAAAUAUUGCUUACACCAACAUUGAUCUCGGGCUGCACAUGGAUCUUCUCUACUUCCAACACCCUCCUCGUCUUCAGAUUUUACACUGUCUACGCAAUCGCGUUUCAGGCGGCACGUCCAUCUUUGUCGACGCCUUGUAUGCAGCAUCACGGCUCAAAACGAUGUCCCCCGACGAUUUCAACAUACUUGCCUCAACUCCGGUUGAGUUCCACUACAUCAACGACGGCCAUCAUUUGCAUUACGCGCAUCCAACUAUAGAGCUGGCGCCUCCAUCCUCAACGGCUCCCGGGGACAUCCGACACAUAAAUUACUCUCCUCCAUUCCAGGCUCCCUUACCGUUGUCCACGCCCACGGCGUUCUACUCUGCACUCGAACGCUUCGUUGCGCUUCUGGAGGAUCCUGCUGCGCGGUUCGAGUACACGCUACGGGAGGGCGAUGCAGUGCUGUUCGACAACCGUCGCGUUUUGCAUGCACGAACUGCUUUCAGGGACCUCUCAGGGGAUGGGAAAGGCACAAAUGCUAAUGGAGCAACAAAUCGAUGGCUGAAGGGAUGCUAUUUGGAGGCGGACGCAAUAUUAGAUCGCGGACGCGUCCUACAACGGGGUGCCUGA